AUGUUUGGUGAUUCUGAACAAGUUCCUGAGUGGGAGUAUGGUGAGGAGGAUGAGUAUUCUUCUCUCCUUGCUCGUACUUUGGAAACUAGGGAUGGACUUUAUGAAAGCUUUAAGGAAAGGUGGCUUUCUGAAUAUUUAGUAAGUUUGAAAGAAAAGGAUAGAUCAUCUUUUCAUCCUCCAAGAAAAUGGGAAAAAGGGGAAAUUGCUCUCUUUAAAUUACCUUCCAAAUCUAGAACUUAUUGGCCAUUGGUUAGAAUUGUUGAAACAUUCAGUGAUAACGAAGGUGUUGUACGUACUGUUCGUAUUGUUAAGCCUGAUAAAAGUGAAAGUGAAACUAAUGUUAGUUUUUUAAUACCUUUAGAAUUAUAUUCUGAGCUUAAUGAUCCUAAUUUAUAUGUUCAAAUUGAAGAAAAAGAAGAAAACAUUAGUGAGUUGGAGACAGAUGAAAUACCUGAUACUGGAACAUCUUUGCCCAAUGAAACAUCUACUAGGCCUACCCGUAGUACUGCUCUUGCCUCCAGAAACCUAAUAAGAAGUUUAGCUCGGGAGGGUAGAUUGUAA